AUGACUAAUGUGAAUUUGAAUAAUUUCAUUAAUGAAACGCAGCAUCAAUUUUUAAACUUAUUAAAUCAAGAAUUGAAAUUUGAUAAAAAGGCCGAUUCGUGGAUGCUUAUGAGUACACCAUGGCCAGUUGUAUCGAUUCUGAUAGCUUAUAUGUUAUUUGUGCUAAAAUUAGGCCCAAAGAUGAUGGAAAACCGGGAACCGUUUAAAAUAAAACGUAUUAUGAUGGUUUAUAACAUUGUACAAACCAUUUAUAACCUAUUCAUUAUAUCAGAGGUAUUUCUUACACCCGGGAUAUACAGAUAUUUAAUGGUCAAUAUAUGUAAUCCAGAUGAAAGUGAAAGUAAUCACCGUAUCAUAAAUUUGUUCUAUGCACAGUCGUGGCAUUAUUUUAUAUCAAAAAUAUUUGAUCUUCUGGAUACUGUAUUCUUUGUGUUAAGGAAAAAACAAUCUCAUGUUUCAUUUUUACACGUUUAUCAUCAUGUAAAUAUGGUCGUCACUACUUGGACCUUUUUGAGAUUUAUUAAAGGUCAACAAGGUGCUCUUGUUGGUAUUCUUAACGCGACGAUACAUUCAAUAAUGUAUAGCUACUAUUUCCUAUCGGCUCUUGGUCCUCAAAUGCAAAAAUAUUUGUGGUGGAAAAAAUACUUGACGCGUUUACAAAUUAUCCAAUUCAUAAUAGGCCUUAUCUAUGGUACAAGCCUUUUUAUUUACGAUUGUAAAUUUCCGAGACUAUUCACCAUUUACAUGAUAUUUGACGUACUUUUAUUUUUGUACUUAUUUUUAAUAUUUUACAAAAGAACGUACAAAGACAAAAAUACCUAA